UUGUGGUCAUUUAGAAUAUCUUCCUGGGUGGCAUGUGUUAAUAUGUAUUAAAUGCUGCAGUUGAAUUUCACUACAGCACCCGAAAGUUGGGGCCCUUGGGCCUUGGCCCGGAAGGCCUGUUCAGUAAUGCAUCCAUGACUAUAGACUUUUCAUUUAGUGAUAUGACAGAGAUACAUUUACUUUAUCUCAAAUUAUUCUCAGAUCAUGACAUCAGGACACAGUCUUUGCAUUUUUCCCAUCUUAAAAACACUUAGGGGAAAAUUAUCACAGACCUAACACCUUGCUGGCUAUUUCAGGUCUCUUUUUUUCAUUAAUAUUUUGAGGGGGCAGUUUGGCCUUCACUUUGACAGUUCUUAGUAAAGUAGGACAGAAAAAAAUAAGAAAAGCAUUAGAGAAGAUGUGUGUUGUAAGUUUGCAUAUCAGAUACAGAGACCCACAGGACAUUUAGUGUUAGAUGUGAUGAAGUCAUAGAUUCCAGUAAAUGAGAAGCCAGAUUGAUGUAAUCUAAAUAUGAGUUUCAUUUUAGGCAAGAGAGAACUGGAAACAAGUUCAUUACACCACAGAAAAAACAGUUUUAUGUUGGUCUGUUGGUCAGUCAGACGAACACCUCAUUUAAUACUUCCUAAAGCAUUAUCGCCUUCAUUUAGCUGCCAUUUGCUCAAUUCAGCCUUGCUUUACGCACGUGGAAGUGGUUUGACCUUUUGAAUGGCGACUCUACAACUCAUCCGCAAACCACACAAAACGCCCACACAGGUACAGUACAGUUCCUUAAAUACUUCACAAAGGACACUAAUGCUGCUGUCAAACCCUCUUUGGCAGAAGUGUCGACAUGCACAUCAUCAGCAUGCUUCUCUUACCGGGGCUGUUCUUGCUCUUUGGUGUUGAAUCCGUUCCCACCUUUGUGCACCAAGAUGCCGCCGGGAAUACCCUCAUCUGCAACAAGUGUCAACCGGGCACGUACAUGGUUGCUUACUGCACCGCUACCACGCCCACCAAGUGCGAGCCCUGCAAAAGCCAGCAUUUCACUGAGCUGUGGAACUACCUGCCCAAGUGUCUGUACUGCUACAACUUCUGCACUGAGAACCAGGAGGUGGAGACAGAGUGCAGCGCGACCACCAACAGGGUCUGUCGCUGCAAAGAGGGUUUCUAUAUGACCGGUGACUUCUGCAUGAGACAUGCAGAGUGCGGACCAGGACACGGUGUUAAAACGAAAGGUACGCCGCAAACUAACACUGUUUGUGAAAGCUGCUCCGAUGGCUACUUCUCUGCCUCAUCUUCUGCGCUGGAGUCGUGCGUAAAACACCAGGAAUGUGCAAGCGGACAGAUUGCGCUACUCCCUGGAUCAGUUACCCACGACAAAAUGUGUGGCUCCUGCGAGGAUCUUGCAAACGGAGGUGAGACUCUCAGAGCUUUCGUGUCAGGAUUCUUCAGUAUGCACAGGAUGCGCGUGGCUAAAAUGAAGACAUUUGUUUCCACGUAUAUUCAUAAGUCGGGAGCGGGAACUCUCCCCAAACAUAGAGGUCCUCUCAUGGAUCAGAUCAGAGCGUGGAUUGCCCAGGCUCCAGAUGAGCAGCUGAAGAAACUGCCACAGAUGCUGAAGGAAUCCCAGCUCUGCUCCAUGACUGAAAAACUAGGGAAGAUAGUCGGUGACAUCCAGCAGCAGAGCCCAAACUGCACUUCACCAUUCGUUGUGUAAAUGUAGGCUGACAGAGUCCAUGGCACAAAUAUUAACAAAGUACCUCUUACUCAUAUUUGGCAUUUUUGCCCACUUGAAAACAAAUAUUUUAAGUUAUUUGUCAUUUGCAUGUUAAUUGAGAGUAUAUGCUCAACCUUAAACUGACAGGAAUAUUUAAUAGAUGGGGGUGAAAACUGACGAACUGUUCUUACUUGUCACUUGGGAGAAAUAUGCAAAUAUUUUAACAUCAUAUUGUGACAUUACAUAAUGGGUAGUACAUGAUACUUGUAUUUCAAAGUGAGCUAUAUCUAAAAUAAAUGCUGUCAUAGAAAUAAAUGAAAAUCUGUAAAGUUGUGUCACAUCAAACUGAUAACUAAGCAGCUAAAUAAAGUAGAAUGAUAUGUUUU